GAAAAGUAAGAUUGAAUCGAAAGUGAAUUUGAAGUACUGCAUUUGAAGCAGAUUUGCAGAACGGAGCUUUAAAUUCGCAUAAUGCAACUUUUUGAUCGGAUUCUUCAAAUGGAGUCCUGUGAAUGCGUUGAGACGCACUGGCCGGCCGAUGAACUCCUGAUGAAAUAUCAGUACAUAUCAGAUUUGCUUAUCGCGGUUGCGUACUUCUCCAUUCCGUUGGAGCUUAUCUACUUCGUUCAAAGGGCUGCCUUCUUUCCCUAUCGAUGGGUGCUAAUACAGUUUGGUGCUUUCAUUAUCCUCUGUGGAGCAACCCACCUUAUCAGCCUGUGGACAUUCUCUCUCCACACAAGAACCGUUGCGGUAGUAAUGGCUGUAGCAAAGAUCUCCACAGCUGCUGUAUCGUGCGUGACAGCAUUAAUGCUUAUCCACAUUAUUCCCGAUCUGCUCAGCGUGAAAACACGUGAAUCGUUUCUGAGAAACAAGGCUGAAGAAUUGGACAGAGAAAUGGGACUCAUUAUAAAACAAGAAGAAACCAGCAGGCAUGUCCGAAUGCUGACUCAUGAAAUCAGAAGCACGCUCGAUCGGCACACGAUAUUACGAACUACCCUCGUUGAGCUCGGAAGAACCUUAGAGUUAGAAGAAUGUGCAUUGUGGAUGCCUUCACAAAGAGGUUUGACUCUGCAACUAUCACAUACUCUGAGCAAUUUGAUACCUGUUGGAUCCACUGUGCCUAUAAAUCUUCCUAUAGUGAACGAAGUCUUUGGUAGUAAUGAAGCAAUCAGAAUUCCGUAUACAUGCCCGUUAGCGAGUGUUAGGCCUCUUCCAGGCAGAUAUGUUUCUCCCGAAGUUGUUGCUGUUAGAGUACCACUCUUACACCUUUCCGAUUUCCAUAUUAAUAACUGGCCUGAACUUUCAGCCAAAAGCUAUGCUGUGAUGGUUCUUGUUCUCAACGGUAUAAGAAAAUGGCGGGACCAUGAGCUUGAACUUGUUGAAGUUGUUGUCGACCAGGUGGCGGUGGCACUUUCGCAUGCUGCGAUUUUGGAAGAAUCGACGAGGGCCCACGAUCAGCUGAUGCAGCAGAAUUUAGCUCUGGAUUUAGCUCGGCAAGAAGCCGAGGUAGCUAUACGCGCUCGAAAUGACUUUUUGGCUGUGAUGAAUCAUGAGAUGAGAACGCCAAUGCAUGGGAUUAUAUCUCUGUGUUCGGUUCUCUUAGAGAGUGAGCUAACUCCAGAACAAAGGGUUAUGAUAGAGACAGUACUUAAGAGUAGCAAUGUUCUUGCAACACUCACAAACGAUGUCCUAGAUCUUUCAAGACUUGAAGAUGGCAGCCUUACAUUGGAAGCCGAAACUUUUAAUCUUCAAGCAGCUUUCAGAGAGGUUGUGAACUUGAUAAAACCUAUUGCAUCUGUGAAGAAGUUGUCUUUGACAUUAGCAUUGGCUCUGGAUGUACCUGUUUAUGCCAUUGGUGACGAAAAAUGGCUGUUGCAAAUCAUAUUGAUAAUUGCGGGUAAUGCUAUUAAGUUCACAAAGGAGGGGUAUGUUGGAAUUGAAGUUUCUGUUGCAAAACCCGAGUAUCUUAGAGGCUGGCAGCCUUCUGAAUUUUAUCCACCCUCGUCCGAUGGCCACUUCUACUUGCGAGUACAGGUAAGAGACUCUGGCUGUGGUGUCAACCCGAUCGAUAUUCCACGUCUAUUCACCAGAUUUGCUGAGUCGAGAAACUCUUCAAACCGAAACAGAGGUGGUCCAGGUCUCGGCCUUCCCAUCUGCAAAAGAUUUGUGAAUCUGAUGGGAGGGCAUAUCUGGAUCGAGAGUGAAGGCCUGGGCAAGGGAAGCACAUUCAUAUUCGUCGUCAAACUUGGCAUAUGCAAUAAUAAUAAUAAUUACGAGAUGAGUCCUCCUUAAAUGGCGAGGUAUAACUAUUUAUGUAAACAUAUAUAUAUAGAUAAUGGACAAUAACCAGCGUUUACAUACUAGUCGAGACAUGACAAAGGUUUCACCAGUAAGGUUAGGUAAAAAUAUUCUAAGGCAAGUUAGGUAUGUCGAGCGUUGAUAGGAAGGCAAUAUCCUAGUCCAGUUUCUCUUGCGUCGGCACUGUGUGACGACCAACGCAUUUACUAUCCACAUUGUUAUUAUGUAAAGAGAUUGUGUUAAAUAUCAUUCAAAAUUCACAAUUCAUGGGAGAGGUGAGAGGAAUGAGUGACGUGAAACAGAAA